AUGGUCAUUGACAAGAAAGUACUCACAAUCGAAACAAUGCAUCUGUGGUUGAUCUUAAUCCUAUUGCCAGCAGUCUCGGGUUCCUUCAUGGACUUCCUGCGGAGCAUAUUUCAAUCGGGAAGGGAUGAUGUCGACAAAACUGGCAUAGUGUAUCCUGUGAUAUGUAGUGGUGUAAGAAACCAACCUCAAGUUCCUGAUUAUGUUCCAUUUCCGUGUAAUGUACAGUUUGGAAGGUCAUUAUUAGCGCCUGACAGCGUGCACCGUCUACGUCCCGGUGACAUAGAUGUAGUCGGCGGUCUAGGCGACUCAUUGGUCGCAGGAAGUGGAGCUCUGGAGGAGUUUGCAAUAGGAACAUUUAUAGAAGCACGUGGAGUUAGCUGGUGCGUGGGUGGUCAAGGUGACUGGAGACGAUUCUUAACCGUUCCUAAUUUGCUAAAGGUGUUCAAUCCAGAUUUAAUCGGAUAUUCAACGGGCACAGGUGAAUUUAUUUCGUCGAAAGCGAAGCUAAAUAUUGCCUUCCCUGUCGCAGCUACUGAGGAUGCCUUGCAACAAGCUCAAAUUCUUGUUCAAAGAAUCAAAAACGAUCCAAGGAUAGACAUAAGGAAACACUGGAAGCUAAUUACAAUUUUCUUUGGCGCAAAUGACAUUUGCUCGGCGCAAUGCUACAGUCCAGCGCAAUUUUCGCCGCUUCGCUAUGCUCUUCACUUGCGGAGGACGCUGGACUUCCUGAAAAUAGUUCUACCUCGUACAUUAGUCAAUCUUGUGCCAGUCAUAGACGUUACAGUUUCUAUUAGAGUACCACGAAGUACCAUGUGCCAUAUAUUGCAUCCACUUUACUGUGCUUGCAUGCAUAAAGGUAGUCGACCGGACAUUGCAGCUUCGAAAAUGUCGCAUCUUUAUCAGCAAGCCAUCGAAGCUUUAAUAUACUCAGGGAGAUAUGACAAAUCGCCAGAUUUCACGGUGGUACUGCAGCCGUUUAUUAAAUUAUUCAAUGCGCCGAAUGCAGAUCCAAGGGGAGCACCACCGAUUGACCCCAGUCUGGUGACGUACGAUUGCUUUCACUUCAGUCAGAAGGGACACGCGUUAGGAGCAAAUUUGCUGUGGAACAACAUGUUGGAGCCAGUCGGUAACAAGACGGAUCAAGGGCUGCCAGAGAUAUUCGAGAGACUCUUAUGUCCCAACGAGAACGCGCCAUACAUUUUCACGAACGUGAACUCGAGACAUUUCCGAAUGACAGGGCGCCAAGAUGGGAUCGUGGCCAGAUAA